AUGGCAGGAGAAGGAGCAGUAACUGAGGAUGAUAAUUCGGGUAAACUACCUGCAGAAAAAAUAUACAAUAAAUUUGAUAAUAAAAGUGCUAAGUGCAGGAUACCAGGUACUACGCUAACAACAUACGGAGAAAGCUUGAAGAAGGAGUUGUCAGGGUAUGAAAAUAUUAAAAGUUAUGUGGAGGACAUUGUUAGAGUGUGGUGCAUCGUAUCUGAAAUACGUGAGAACGACUCGCUCUAUAAUGAACGUUGUGGUUUUCUAUACUUUUGGUUAGGGAAUAAAUUAUUUAGUGAAGGAUUGGAUACAACUAAUUUUAAGGGUGACAUGAAUAAAAUAUACACAUUACUGGCAUCGUGGUUCUCUGGGGAAGACUGUAAAAAUGAAUACCGCAUCAACAGCAAACAUGAUUUCAAUCAACGAAAAACUAUCUUUGAUUAUUGGUACAACUACCCAACUAUACAAAAAUACAUCCAUGACAAUCACUUCGAUUGUCCAAACAAAUAUGCAACCUACUUGAAUGAAGUUGCUAAGGACUACAGUGACGUAAGUUCAUCCUGCUCCAGACAGAGGGAUGAUGAAUACUGCAAACAAAUUAACGACGUACUUACUGAUAAUAACAGUCCAACGACUUUAAAGUUUGAAUGUGAAUCCAUAAAUGAAAAAGACUUUAAGCUAAUAGAAGAGAAUAAAUCUCACGUAGACGAGAAAAGAAGAGAACGGACAAAUGCCUUCUUUUAUCGUCAAUUUAAUCAGGGCUCAGGUUUAAAUUCCUGUGCAGAUCUUUCCGGAAUAGAUAAAAUAUUCGAGGAUCAUGAUAAUCUUGCGGCUGAGAAAGCAGAAAUCCAAAGUGCAUGGUGUGAAAUGGCCAAAAAGAAGGGGGCAGAAGGGGACGACGAUGUUUCCUUCUGUAAGUAUUGCAACUUCCUCUACUUUUGGAUUGGUGACGAAUUAUGGGGCAAACUAAUAAGUCAAAGAGAGGACAGUGAUACGUUUAAUAAAAUUAUGAGUCUUGUUUGCGCUAAAUUAAUGGAAUUAUGUAAUAAUUCUGGCGGUUGUAAAAUGGCAUGUUGGGGUACUGAUUCUCAAAUUGAUAGAACCAACUUCCACCGAAAGAAAGAAGAAUACACAAACACUCAAGAACAGCAGACUCAGAGUAGGACACGUGCACAUCCAGAACGUCCUCCGGACACAGACCAUUUAGAAGAUGAAUCAGGGGACGAAAUAGGGGAAGAAGAGGGGAGCCCUGAACUGGUUGGAUCAUUUUCAGGGUGUUCACCAGGAGGGGUCCCCCUUCGAGGACAGGCCGCCUCAUGUCCGCUCCCUCCAGAUUUGAGCGACUCCUCUGCGGAAAUGGGCACUUCCAGGGGUGAUACCACCUCCGGAUAUGGUACCACCAUCACCCCUGCUGCUGUGUCCUCCAGCGCAGCUGCAUUAAUAGGAUUGCCCACAAUCAUAUUCCUUCUGUACAAGAAAAUAAAUAAAAAAAUAUAUAGAGAAAAUAGACUAUACAAUUACACACCAUUCCUUUCUCGGAUAAAAAACUCCUCUGGAAAAGGCAACAGAAACAGAAGCAGUAAUAGAAGUAACAGAAAAAAAAGAUCCACCAUCAGGAAUGAUUUCGAGAUAUUCACAGAUUCUUCUACAGAAUAUUCAGGGGAAGUUUCGACAGUAGUAUACAAUAUGCCCCCCCUGAGAAUUAUAAUAACCUACGGUUUUAAGUACAUUACCACAGUAACCAUAGAAUAUAAAGAAGGAGAAUUGUGGUUCAGGGAUAAGGGUAAAGUGGGUUCCGGGUUAAGGGAAGGCGGAGAAUAA